AUGCAUGCACCACAGCCUCAAGGUCAAGUAGAUGACACAAAUGCUCUACUUCGACAACUCCUAGAAGGACAAAGGAGAGGAGCUAUUGAACUUGCUACACAAAUGAAGGCCAUACACCAUAAGGUUGACAAUGUCUAUGGUGAGUUGAAUGCUAAGUUUGAGAGGCUGCAAACACAAGUCCAAGGACAAGCUUCCUCCUCCUCUACAAGACAAAUGGGUUCAUUACCGGGAAAACCAGAACCAAACCCAAAGGAGUUUGUAAACGCCAUCAUGUUGAGAAGUGGUAAGCAGCUACCAACUAAUGAGCUCAAUAGGGACAUUGAGCCUAAAGGAGGGGAGGUAGUGGUUGAGAUUGAUGAUGAAGAUGAGCUGAUAUUGAAAGAUUUGGGUAAAGAUAAAGAAGCUGAAGGAAUUGUGGUUGACAAAGGGAAGAGUAAAGUGGUUGAGGAACCUAAGCAAGACAAGACCAUUGAUGAAAUAUCCAAGAAAAGUAAAGGUGUUGCCAAAGAAACUCUGUUUGUGCCUCCACCUUAUGAACCAAGGCUGCCAUUUCCUGGUAGGUUCAAGAAGCAACAAGUGGACAAGUAUAGAGCCAUGUUUGAUGCACAAAUGAAGGAUGUUGCUAUCACAAUGCCUAUCAUUGAUGCAUUCUUGUUGAACCCCUCUUACAGUAAGUUCCUUAAGGAUGCAGUUUUGGAGAAGAAGAAAGCUCUUCAAGGCAUGGUUAUCUUGACUCAUGAGUGCAGUGCUAUUAUUCAAAACAAGGUAGUAGCAAAGAAGCUUGAAGAUCCUGGUAGCUUCACUCUCCCUUGCACAUUGGGACCUCUAUCUUUUAGCCAUUGUUUAUGUGAUCUAGGGUCUAGUGUGAGCUUGAUGCCUCUCUCAGUUGCAAAGAGACUGGGCUUCACACACUACAAGAAGUGUAUGAUCACCCUUGUUCUUGCUGAUAGGUCAGUUAGAACACCAGUUGGAGUGCUUGAAGAUCUACCAGUGAUGAUUGGUCAUUUUGAGAUCCCAACUGACUUUGUUGUUCUUGAAAUGGAUGAGGAACCAAAGGAUCCACUCAUCUUGGGGAGACCAUUACUAAGAACUGCUGGAACCAUGAUUGAUGUGAAAGGUGGGAAGAUUCAAUUGAAUUUGGGAAAGGAAGCUUUGACUUUUGACAUCAACCAAGUGAUGAGGAAGCCUACAAUUGGUGGUCAAGUGUUCUACAUUGAGAAGAUGGAAGCUUUGGCUGAUGAGCUUUUGGAGGAAUUGGCUAUAGAAGAUGAGCUCCAAAGCACUUUGACAGUUAAGCAAGGAGAGUUUGGGUUACUUAAGGAGGAUAGUGAGGGAUAUCAAAAGAUUCUUGACUCUCACAAGCCUUCUAAAGAUGGUGAAAGCUUCCUUGAGUUGAAAAAGCAAGUGGUGUGUUCAGUUGAGGUAAAUUCGAAUGAGGAUUGGAGUGAGCUUAAGGCACCCAAGAUUGAACUCAAACCACUCCCUAAGGGGCUAAGGUAUGCUUUCCUAGGUAAAAACUCUACUUACCCUGUCAUUAUCAAUGAGGAGCUUAGUGAACAUGAAACUGUUACUCUUCUAGGUGAAUUGAAAAAGUUUAGGAGAGCUAUUGGUUAUUCACUUGAUGACAUAAAAGGGAUUUCAGAAACUCUUUGCAUGCAUAGAAUUCAUUUAGAUGAUGAAUCAAUGACUUCCAUUGAACCACAAAGAAGGUUAAACCCUAACUUAAGGGAUGUGGUGAGGAAAGAGAUUCUUAAACUCCUUGAUGCUGGUAUCAUAUAUCCUAUAUCAGAUAGUACAUGGGUUUCACCUGUACAUGUGGUGCCAAAGAAAGGAGGAGUUACAGUUGUUAAGAAUGAUAAAGAUGAGUUGAUUCCUACUAGAACUAUAACUGGCAUUGAGGUUGAUAGAGCUAAGAUUGAUGUGAUGACCAAUCUAGCACCUCCAAAUUCGGUCAAGGGAAUAAGAAGCUUUUUGGGCCAUGCUGGGUUCUAUAGGAGGUUCAUUAAAGACUUCUCAAAGAUUGCUAGACCUCUUACAAGGUUGUUGUGUAAAGAAGUUGAGUUUGAGUUCAAUGAGGAGUGUCUUCAAGCUUUCAAGAAGAUAAAAGAAGAGUUGGUUAGUGCUCCAAUAGUUCAAGCACCAGAUUGGAACUUGCCAUUUGAAAUCAUGUGUGAUGCUAGUGACUAUACAGUUGGAGCAGUGCUUGGUCAAAGAAAAGAUAAGAAGCUUCAUGUCAUAUACUAUGCAAGUAGAACAUUAGAUGAGGCUCAAGUCAAGUAUGCUACAACAGAAAAAGAGCUCCUAGCUAUUGUCUUUGCAUUUGAGAAGUUUAGGCAAUACUUGGUGGGUUCAAAAGUAGUUGUUCACACUGAUCAUGCAGCAUUGAAAUAUCUCUUAGCAAAGAAGGAUGCUAAACCAAGGCUGUUGAGAUGGAUAUUGCUACUUCAAGAGUUUGAUUUGGAGAUUAAAGACAAGAAGGGCAUUGAGAAUGGAGUAGCUGAUCAUCUAUCAAGAUUAAGGAUUGACAAUGAGAUUCCAAUCAAUGAUGCACUUCCUGAAGAACAGAUAAUGGCGAUUCAACUGCUUGACAACACCAAUGAGACUUGGAAGAAGCUUGGAGAGGUCAUGAGGUUGGAAGAGAAUGGUCCUUGGUAUGCUGAUUAUGUUAACUACCUUGCUUGUGGGAUUGAGCCACCAAAUUUGGUUGGUUAUGAUAGAAAAAAGUUCUUCAAAGACAUCAACAACUACUAUUGGGAUGCACCAUACCUCUACACUCUUUGUAAAGACAAGAUUUAUAGGAGAUGUGUUGCCAAGGAGGAGAUUGAAGGGUUAGUAGAACUAUGUCAUGGAGCAGCCUAUGGAGGUCACUUUGCUACAUUCAAAACAGUCACAAAGAUUCUUCAAGCUGGGUUGUGGUGGCCUACAAUGUUCAAAGACACUCAAGAGAUCAUCUCCAAGUGUGAUUCAUGUCAAAGAAGAGGAAAUAUCAGCAGGAGAAAUGAAAUGCCACAAACUCCUAUCUUAGAGGUUGAAGUGUUUGAUGUAUGGGGAAUUGACUUUAUGGGACCAUUUCCUUCUUCCUAUGGUAACAAUUACAUACUUGUGGCUGUUGAUUAUGUGUCUAAAUGGGUGGAAGCCAUAGCUAGUCCUACCAAUGAUGCAAAGGUUGUGUUGAAGUUGUUCAAGACAAUCAUUUUUCCAAGGUUUGGUAUUCCAAGAGUGAUCAUUAGUGAUGGAGGGAAACAUUUUAUCAACAAGGUCUUUGAGAGUCUUCUCAAGAGACAUGGAGUGAAGCAUAAGGUUGCUACACCUUACCAUCCCCAAACUAGUGGUCAGGUUGAGAUUUCAAAUAGAGAAAUCAAGUCAAUUCUUGAGAAAACAGUUGGUAUCACAAGGAAAGAUUGGGCAAAGAAAUUGGAUGAUGCUCUAUGGGAAUAUAGGACUGCCUACAAGACACCAAUUGGAACAACUCCAUUCAACCUUCUCUAUGGAAAGUCUUGUCAUCUGCCAGUUGAGUUAGAGUAUAAAGCAAUGUGGGCAGUCAAGCUUCUUAACUUUGAUAUCAAGAGUGCUCAUGAGAAACGUUUAGUACAAUUGAAUGAGUUAGAGGAGAUUCGCCUUGAAGCUUAUGAGAGUUCAAAGAUCUACAAGGAGAGGACAAAAGCAUUCCAUGACAAGAGAAUUUUUCCAAGGGUUUUCAAGGAAGGAGAUUUGGUGUUGCUGUUCAAUUCCCGCUUGAAGCUGUUUCCGGGAAAGCUCAAGUCCCGCUGGUCUGGACCAUUCAAAAUCAAGGAGGUUAGACCUUAUGGAGCCUUUGUGUUACUGAACAAGGCUGGAAAAGAGUUUGUAGUUAAUGGACAGAGGCUGAAGAACUACUUGGCAAAUGACUUCAUUGAGGAGGGAACAACUGUUUCUCUCUCAGACCCUCAAAACGCCUAA